AUGGCUUGCCCAGUCUCUGCACACCCUGAUUUCCAAGAACUCUGUGACUGCCACGUCACAGACACGGAUUUUACCUCGAAUGGAUUCCGGAAGUAUAUGCCUCAGUAUGAUAGCAACUGGUCGGUAUAUACUGCCCUGCAGUACGGAGUUUUAAGCGAAAAUUUGAACCUCGUCGCUCUCUUACUGUCCACAGGAGUUGAUCCAGACUCCCGUGUGGCACCAGGUGUAGGCGACACCCCCUUGCAGAUGUCUGCAAGACUAAGCAACUUUGAAAUGUUUCAAUUCCUUUUGAGCAGCGGUGCUGAUGUCAAUGCUCCCCCUGCGGCUGUCAACGGACGAACCGCAGUGCAAGGGGCAGCGGAAAGUGGAAGCUGGGAGAUUUUGUCAAUGCUUCAGACAGCAGGAGCACAUGUAAAUGCGCCGGCAGGAGAAGAGGCAGGCUUGACUGCAUUGCAGGCAGCCUGUUUAAACGGACAUUCUCUGAUAGCUGGGUUCUUGCUUGCGCAUCAGGCAAAUUUGAACGCAGCUCCAUCGUCGGUGUCAGGACUAACACCCAUUCAGGCAGCGGCCACGUACGGCGAUAUCGGACUAGUGAAAGAUCUCAUAAGCCUUGGAGCAGACGUCGACGCUUCAGCAAGCGAGAUGGGCACAACCGCUCUUCUGGCCGCUACAAAACAUAAGUCUCUGCCGCUUCUCGAGCUACUUGUGAAAAACGGCGCUCGUGUCAACGUAACGGGGGGUUAUGGUUUGCGGUCUCCUCUAAGAGAAACUGCUCGUGCGGAUUGGUUCAAGGGAGUGGCGUUCCUCUUGAGACACGGUGCGAAUGUUAACGACACUCCUCUUGAGAUAGCAGCAUCCGAUGAAUGUGUGGAUGAGCUGAUGAGCCCUUUGGGCUGGGCUAUCUCCAAUAAUUCUGAGGGGAUGGUUGAAUUAUUGUUGCGGCAUGGCGCCGAUGUUCUUGCAACAGCCAUGCUCGAUGGGAUUCACUCUCAAAAUGCCCUGACAUAUGCAUUAACUGGCGAAUCAAGCCUUGGUCUCAUUAAUUUGCUCCUUGCAAAGGUUCAAGACUUGGAAAAACACCCUUUGUGGGAAGAUGCGCUAAAACUUGCUCUCGAAAACAUCCACCACGUUGCCAUUGAUGUUUGUUACAUGAUACUCGAGAAAACAAGCUCAAUGCCACCGCCUCUCCGUUCCAAGUCAAUCCAAAACGGAUGGAAUGCAUUGUAUACACUUUGCUUGGACGAAGAUGAAGGAGAAUUGCUGGAGAUAACUGACCGUCUCAUAAAGUUAGGGGUAGACGUGGACUAUCGCCGCGGGGAUAGAAGCACUCUCCUUCAACGAAUAGCUGGCCAGGGUUAUUACGAAUCAUGCUGUUUUUUGGUCGGCCACGGUGCCACGAUCAACACACCUGCCACUCAACACUAUGGAACACCUCUUCAAGAGGCUAUCAAACACAGAGAGGUCGAGGUAGCUGCAUUCUUACUGGAGCACGGGGCAGAUGUGAAUGCUUUACCAGCGGACGACCGGGGUGUUACGGCGCUCCAGGCGGCUUCCAUGAAUGGGAUGCUUGGAAUGGCUGUACAGCUUCUCGAAUGCGGGGCGGAUGUCUCUGCACCAGCUGCGCCGAAGGACGGAAGAACCGCAAUUGAUGCAGCGGCAGAGCACGGUCAUCUGGAUAUGGUCCAACUGCUUCUGAGCGCGUACGGAGAACAAGAAGAUCUGGGGCUGAUAUGUAAUCAUGCGGCAGAUUACGCGGAAAAGGAAAGUCAUGAUGUGAUCGCUCAGUGGCUACGGGGGUAUUCGCCUUGA